AGGUCCAUUCAAUGCUUUCUCUUCUGUCUGUUGGUAUAUCCUUCGGAUUUUCAUAACCAAGAAAAUAAAUAGAAAAUUUCAUUUCAGGGAAGUCAAGUUUUUGUAACAAGUGCAUUCCAAGAACUUCUGUAUAGAAAGGUAAUGAUUUUCUUGGAUCUUUAAUACGAUACAUUGUUUGUUGCAUAAUAUAAUUAUUUGUUACUGGAUCUGCUUCCUUACAAAGCUCACGAGCUUCGCUGUUGGUUAAUCCAGAAGGCUCGCCCAUCUGAAAUAACAUUUUUUUAUAAAGUACCGUCUGCUUCAUUUAUCUUAUCUGUCAAAACUGACAAAUCAAAUAAGGUAACGUUUUCCUGAUUGAUUUGUUAAUUAUUAAGUGUGUUAUAUCAAAAAUGGCACACUGGUUUCAUCGUAAUAAUUUAAAAGCGACAACAAAUCAAAAAUUUGAAUUUAAAAUUAGCAAUCCUACAGACGCUACUAGGAAACUUUGUAGUGAUUUAAAAUUAUCUAGACAUCGUCUACUAGACUUAAUAAGAAAUGCUAACAAUACGAGCGAUUCUAUUGAACCAGCCUUCUUGAGUUAUCUCAGUUUGUUGUAUGGAUUUAUUUGGGAAAUAAAUACUUCUGAGGAAUAUGUAGGAAGGCCAAAUCUUAGUAAACUCAGAAAUAUUCUUGUAUUCAAAUGGACGCAUACAUUACUUGGAACAAAUACCUUUUCUAAUGCUGAUUCAGUUUAUGAAGCAGCUAACAUGAGUGUAAAUGUGGGUCUUUGGUAUAUGAAACAUGCAGCAAUGAUUGCUGCAAAGGAUGACAUAACAAUGGAUGAGGCAAAAAAUGUACAUAGUAUGUUAAGACGUGCUGCAGGUAUAUUUACAUUUGUACAAACUGAAUUUCUACCUCAAUUGGCAAAUCCUCCACCUUUAGGAAGUGAUUUAGAUCCACGUCUAAUAAAUGCAUAUGUAAAUCAAUGUACUGCAGAAGCGCAAGAAGUAACUGUGGCAAGAGCAAUGGAGUUAAAACAUAAUGCAAGUUUAAUAUCAGCAUUGGCAAAUGAAACAAGUAAAUUGUUCUUAGAUGCUGCUAACACAUUACGUCCCUUUAAGCCAGAAAUAUCUACUCAAUGGAUUAAAUACUUAGAACUAAAAGCAGCAUUUUAUCAAUCCUAUGCCUAUAAUUACUGUGGAGCAAAUUUAUUGGCUAUGGAUAAAUGUGGGGAAGCAAUUAGAGCACUACAAGAGAGUGAUAGUUGCCUUAAGAAAGCAAAAGUAUUAUGUCAAGAAUAUGGUAAAACAAAUGGUCCUGCACCUCGUGUAAAACCUGAUCAACACACUGUCUUUAAAAGAUUGGCUCCUACAGUAAAACUCACACUAGAUAAAUGUAAUAGGGAAAAUGGCCUUAUAUAUCAUCAUAAAGUACCAGGAGAAAUACCAUCUCUGGAUACUAAAGCUACUUUUGGUCUUGUUAGUCCUAUUGAUUUUCAAAUGCCUUCUCCUAAUUCUAUAUGGAAUUUAGGUGUUUACAAAAUAUUGGUUGGAGUAACUCCAGCUAAAACAGAAAAAGAACAGAAUUUACCACCUGUUAAAGAAGAAACUGUUCAUCAAAGUAGUAAGGAACCAAAAAAUGAAAGUGGAUGUGUACUACAAUAAAUGUUUUAAUACACAAGGUAACUGUGUAAAUACUUUACAAGUGUUUUAAAUAUAAUAUGCCUCUUUUAUAUUUAUUAUGGUAUCGAUUGCAAAUUGUCAUAAGCUUAUAAACAUUUCAAAUUAAACUAAUAGAAGUAUAAAUAUAUAUAUUCAGUUGCUUAGCCAUUGGUGCUAAUAUAUUUAGUUUUCUAUAUACUUGAUUAAUAUAUUUAGUUUUCUAUAUACUUGAUUACAAAAAACAUAAAAUAUAACACAAUAAGAAUUAUUUAAAAUCUUUUAAUAAUAUACAGCAGUAGAUCCGAUCUACACGAAACUAAGCUUUUAUAUGUAGUGUGAAGAUAUGUAUUAUCAUUGAAAGCGAAAAACUGUUUUAUUAAUGUUGAAAAUAUUGUUAUUUUUAUUAUUAUUGUUUUUGCUUAAGUAUCGUUUAAGUUAUUAUGAACUGCUGAUUUUCCUGUGAUUUAAGACACGCACAUACAAAAUUUGAGCUAGUCAAUUUUUAUAUAAAUAAUGCUUCUACAUCUAUAAUUAUGUGCAAAGUUAUAAUGAAAAUUAAUGUAUUGUACACAUUUCACCGAAGAACAAUAACUUUUUUUUAUAUAUUUUUAAUAGGAACUAUUUUCGAAAAAAGCAUUUAAAUCAUGUUAUGUAAGCUGUACAUAAAACAAGUAUUUAAAUACUGCUCAGUUUUAAAAUAGGAAAUGCAUGAUAAAAAUAUAUUAUGUAAGAAGACUAUAUGUUGUGCACUUAUAAGUUGAUGAGCUUUAUUAUAUAAAUUUUUAGAUAAUACAAUUAAGCUAUGAUACCUUUGUUAUAUUUUAUUCUAUUUACAUUGUGACUUAUUUGAAAGUUUUAUUGAUUAAAAAAUAAUUGUUUUCACAGAUUAUUAAAAUGUGAACCAUCGUGGAAUUAUUUUCUUGUGAUAAAAAAAAAAAAAAC